AUGGCUGAUGUAAAUGCCCCAACCGACCGGACCUUGUCAGAUUCCUUCAAAUCACCCUCUUCCGCCGUUAAAGAAGAGACGUCUGUAUCGUUGUCAUCCUUUCUAUCGAGCCCAGAUCAACAACCCAUUCGGAACCUCCUUCCGAGAGAAGCCCAAGGCCCAGCUGCUGACACGACGACGAACAAAAAGGAAAUGGAAUGGAGGCUCAAACCAAAGAAUCUCGAAUCCAAUGCAACUUCAGAUAAAUCCGAAGCGCAUGGCCCAUCCAACGUCCCAAAUCCAAUAACCACCAUGAGACCAACUUCUCCUCUAAGCGCGCUCCCUUCCAACAGACCAUCUGCAUCUCCACACCGCUCCAGAAACCCUUACAUAUGUCCAUCACCCAAUCGCGCAUUCCGCUCCGCUUCUCCCCGCAUGCACUCGCCGGCCUCCUCCCAGAUCUUCGAACGGAGUGUACAGGAAGAUUUCGCCCCCGCCCAAGCCUCCCCAUCCAUCCCCUCGCACAUCAUGACAGAAAACCACAUCCCUCCCAUCCUUGGUGCCUCAUCCGCCGCUCUAACUGACGAGCGCCUCGAUCCAGACUCCGUCGAAAUCGUCACCCACAACUUCCAUCAGCCUGCCGCCCUUAGCGUUACGGGCGGUCAACCUGACCACUCAAUAUCAUCUUCAUGGCAUGAAGAUCUCAACCUACCAUCCCAUCCACCUCCAGAUGUAGAAGAUCACGUCUCAAACUACGGCAAUUUAGACUCAGCCGACAUACGACGCCUGAGUUUCGUAUCUUUUGCCGACGUCGUCCAUGGCGAACAACUCGAAACGGACCAUGCGUCAAACAGAGAUUCUAUGUACAUGGCAGGCUUUUCAACUAACCCCGCGUCCUUCGCAGCGGCUCAGAACCGCUCGCCAUCCCCAGUACGGUCCCCAGUCUCGUCCCAUGGUUUCAGUGCGUCACCAUCAACAAGUGCGUCACCAUCUACAAAAGAGCUGGACACUUCUCCCAACCAAGGAGGCCGGUUGCCUGGAAGCCCUCGCCUUUGUGCCCAUAGCCCCCCUCCUGGCACCUUUGGUGGGGAAUUGAAUGUCGAAACCAUGCGACAAGCCCUCCGACGGACUGGUUCCGGCGAUAUCGGUGGAGUUCGCAGUCAGCCAAUGAGCGCUGUUGGAAAUGAUGAUGGCACAUUCGAGCGCCCCUUCAAAUAG